UGGAGUGAGAGACCCCACCCACGCUUUUCCGAGGACAGGGCCAAUUCAAUACCGGCCAAGUCUCAAGAGUAGACAUCUCCCUGAUAAGAGGGCUGCAGUGUUGCUAGUACUGCAUUAUGGCUUCGUUGCGUGCAUUUACUCUUCCCCGUCAUGCAGGGCUGCUGACACGAGUUCUGCUUCCGCUCUCUCCUUCCCUACCUCGCCAUCCGCUCCGUGCUGGGUGCAAUUCCUACAGUUCUGCUACGCUCAAUGCGGAUGCUGCACCGCGCAUACACUCCAAAGCGCACCCGAUGUUCUCGAUGCAGGGCAAGGUCUGCGUCGUGACGGGCGCCGCACGGGGUCUGGGGCUCGAGUUCUGCAAAGCUUUCGUGCAAUCCGGAUGCACGACCAUCGCCGUGGUCGACUUGAAAGCGGAGGAGGCCAAGGCCGCGGCAGCCGAAUUGGAGGCAGUUGCGCGGACCGCCGACAAAGACGAUGCGUCAGCAACGCCGGACGCGCUCAAGAUGGUCGGGAUCGGGUGCGAUGUCUCGUCCGAGGAAUCCGUCACUGCUGCGUUCGCGGAGGUGAUGACUGCAUAUGGGCGCAUAGACGCGGUGGUCGCGUCCGCUGGAAUCGUCGAGAACUACUCUGCUUUCGACUACCCCGCAGACCGCAUUCGGCGGCUGUACGAUAUCAAUGUGCACGGGUCGUUCUUCACGGCGCGCGAAGCUGCGCGGCACAUGAUACCCUCCGGCGGCGGGUCGAUCGUGCUCAUAGCCAGUAUGAGUGCUAACAUCGUGAAUAUCCCACAGCUGCAGACACCGUACAAUGCGUCCAAGGCCGCGGUCAAACACAUGGCGUCGAGCCUGGCUGUCGAGUGGGCGACCAAGGGCAUCCGCGUCAACACUCUCAGCCCGGGAUACAUGCUGACCAAGCUCACGAGAACAAUCCUUGAGAGUGACCAGGAGCUCAAGAAAACGUGGGAAGGGCUGACACCUAUGGGCCGGAUGGGAGAACCGGAAGAUCUGUCCGGCGCCAUUAUCUACCUGUGCAGCGACGCAUCCAAGUUCAUGACUGGCUCAGAGAUACGUGUCGACGGAGGGUACUGUGUUGUCUAGACUUUUCGGGUAUCAGGUGCUCUGUAUUUGUACCGUAGUUGUGCCUACGAUUGUGAAUGAGCUAGGAUUCUCUGUCACGUGUGACAGGACGCGACUGUGACAAAAGUGUAAUGCUU